AUGAUUUGUUGGUUAACGUGGACACUACAAACAUUGAUGGCAAUCAAUUUAGUGGAUAGUUAUGAAUCAUCAUCAGAUAUUUGUAAAACAGUGAAUAAUACAAAUCAACAAUUUCAUAUAAUGACUGUUGGUAUAACACAAACAAAACUUAUACUAUUGACCACUGAUUAUUAUGUAUAUGAGGUUAAUUUACAACAAAUGAAUAGUACUAUUGAUAUGCUUUAUAUACAAGCCAAACCGAUAGCUAUGUCGAAUAAAUAUCCAAAAUUAUGGAAUAAUGAUUUAUUUCAAAAAAAUAUCAAUUCAUAUCAUGAUGCAGUUAUUAUUGUCGAUAAUGAUGGUUCAUGGUUUUGUUUCAUUCAUGAUAAAAGUAAUGAUGAUGGUUCAGGAUCAGGUAUUAAUUACAAUUUUAAUACUGGCAAUAUACAUUCUGGCUGGGAUUAUACUGGUUCAUCGAAUGAGAUAUUAAUAUCAACAAAAGAACCAAAAUCUUUAUAUUCAAUUCGUAAAAAACCGGAUACAAAUUAUCUACAGAUGACUAAAUUACAAUUGAAUGGUGAAUCUGUAACAAAGAAUUCUGGAAUCAAACAUUUAUUUCCUUAUAAAAAUCUAUGUUGGUUUGAAAAAAUAUGUUUGGCUUAUUUUCGUAUCAAUAUUAAUAUUGUUAAUGUCACUUAUUCUAUUGUUAUUUCUGAAUUUCAGUAA